AUGCAAUAUCCUAUCGAUAGCCGUGCGAAACGUUCGCUACAAAACGGCGAUGAAAGUCAACUGAAAGACGAGACACAUAUAUACAUACAUCCUUGUCGUUCACUACUUCACAAAUUAUCAACACGGCGGCGCGGCGGCGCGGUACGCGACACAGCAUCGACGGCGCGGGGCGGAGAAAAUCCUUGUAUCUAUACAAUCGUUAGUGGUAUUAAAGGGAACCGAAGAGAAAUGCGCGAGAAAUAUGCGCGAGUACGGUACAGAGUAGCUGUGGAGAAGGGUGCGGGUUUCCUUGGCACGGGAUUGAUCGUACCCUCACUUCGAGCUCGACACGCUGAGCUACCGAGGUCGCUAUGGAAACCGCCAACCGCGGCUGUUGUCGUCGCAGCGUCGCCGUAA